CCUCCCCUCCAUGAUUGGCAGCGCGGCGCGUCCCCCCGUCCCCCCCGCCUCCCCCGCUCGGCUGGUGCUGCCCCUCGGCCGCCGUGGAACACGCAUCCGCGCCGCCCGGCCAGUCCUUUCCGCGCUGCUCUCCUCUUGCCUCUGCCGCUCUCAUUUGUUUUAAUUUUCUUUUCGCCCUCCUCCCCUCCCAUCUUUUGGGCGCUUCCCCUCUCGCCCGCCCGCCCGGCGGGCUGCCUCCGCGGGCGCGCAGCGCGGGGCCAUGCCGCCGGGGCCGCCGCUGCUUCGGGGCUCCCUCCUCCUCUUUCUCCUGCACUUCCUCGGCCCCCCGGCCCGUGGUGCCGUCUAUAGCAACCAUUUCUUGGUGGAGCUGCACGACGGGGGCCAGGCGGAGGCCGAGCGGGUAGCGGCGGAGCACGGCUUCGGUGGGGUGCGGAAGCUCCAUUUUUUAGAAUCUGGAUACUUUUUUUAUCACAAUGGUCUUGCUAAAGCCAGGAGAAGACGCAGCCUUCAACACAAGCUUCGUCUGGAAAAGGACUCCAGGGUGAGGAAAGCUGUGCAACAGGAGGGCUUCAUCCGAAGGAAACGAGGAUAUAGAGACAUCAAUGACAUUGACAUCAACAUGAAUGAUCCUUUAUUUACAAAGCAGUGGUACCUGAUUAACACUGGUCAAGCAGAUGGGACUCCUGGACUUGACCUUAAUGUAGCUGAAGCAUGGGAGCUGGGAUACACAGGGAAGGGAGUAACCAUAGGAAUUAUGGAUGAUGGAAUUGAUUAUCUGCAUCCAGAUCUUGCAUCAAACUACAAUGCCAAAGCCAGCUACGACUUCAGCAGCAAUGAUCCUUACCCCUAUCCCCGCUAUACAGAUGACUGGUUUAACAGCCACGGGACAAGGUGUGCAGGAGAGGUAUCUGCUGCUGCCAACAACAACAUCUGCGGCGUGGGAGUUGCGUACAACUCCAAAGUGGCAGGUAUUCGAAUGCUCGACCAGCCAUUUAUGACAGACAUUAUUGAGGCUUCCUCCAUCAGUCAUAUGCCUCAAGUCAUAGAUAUAUAUAGUGCCAGCUGGGGACCAACUGAUAAUGGGAAGACUGUGGAUGGACCUAGAGAGUUAACGCUGCAAGCAAUGGCAGAUGGUGUGAAUAAGGGCCGGGGUGGAAAAGGCAGCAUCUAUGUCUGGGCCUCUGGAGAUGGAGGCAGCUACGAUGACUGUAACUGCGAUGGCUAUGCAUCGAGCAUGUGGACAAUCUCCAUCAAUUCUGCCAUAAAUGAUGGAAGGACAGCUCUGUAUGAUGAAAGCUGCUCUUCAACCUUAGCCUCCACCUUUAGUAAUGGGAGGAAGAGAAAUCCAGAGGCUGGUGUGGCUACAACAGAUUUGUAUGGCAACUGUACCCUGCGUCAUUCAGGCACAUCUGCAGCUGCCCCUGAAGCAGCCGGAGUGUUCGCCCUGGCCCUGGAGGCUAAUUUGCAUCUGACAUGGAGAGACAUGCAGCAUCUGACAGUGCUCACCUCCAAGAGGAACCAGCUUCAUGAUGAGGUUCACAGGUGGCGUAGGAAUGGCGUUGGGCUGGAGUUCAACCAUUUGUUUGGCUAUGGUGUCCUAGAUGCAGGAGCCAUGGUUAAGAUGGCAAAAGACUGGAAGACUGUUCCUGAGAGAUUCCAUUGUGUUGGAGGGUCAAUACAGGAACCUGAAAAGAUACCACCAAGUGGCAAACUGUUACUCACACUGACAACUGAUGCGUGUGAGGGGAAGGAGAACUUUGUCCGGUACCUUGAACACGUGCAGGCGGUUAUAACUGUGAAUUCCACUCGGCGAGGAGACCUCAACAUCAACAUGACCUCACCAAUGGGAACAAAGUCCAUUUUGCUGAGCCGGCGCCCCAGGGAUGAUGACUCCAAGGUGGGUUUUGACAAAUGGCCUUUCAUGACGACUCACACUUGGGGAGAAGACCCCCGAGGCACCUGGGCUCUGGAGAUUGGGUUUGUUGGCAGCCAGUCCCAGCGGGGUGUGCUGAAGGAGUGGACACUGAUGCUGCAUGGGACUCAGAGUGCACCAUACAUAGACCAAAUUGUAAAAGAUUAUCAGUCCAAGCUGGCCAUGUCCAAGAAGGAAGAGCUGGAAGAAGAGUUAGAUGAAGCAGUGGAGAGAAGCCUGAAGAGUAUACUGAGCAAGAAGUAGUGCUGUGUUGCAUGACAGUGUCUUUCCUUCCCCAGACCCCUCUACUCACCGUUCUACUAU